AUGGGGCCCAGCAACAAGGUAGCGAUCCUGGAUGCGGGAGCGCAGUACGGAAAGCUCAUCGACAGGAGGAUCAGAGAGCUCAAGGUAGAGUCUCAUGUCGUCCCGUUGGACUCGAAGCCCGAGGACCUGCAAGGGAAGUACGACGCCAUCGUCAUCAGCGGCGGGCCGGGCUCCUGCUACGCCCCUGACGCGCCCAAGUUCCAUCCCGAGGUCCUUGAAAUGGGGCUGCCGAUCCUUGGGGUGUGCUAUGGUUACCAGCUGCUUAACUAUGUGAAGGGAGGAAAGGUAGAAAAAUCGAGCAAGAGGGAGGAUCUGCAGGAGACGGUUGACAUCGACACGUCCUCUCCUCUGUUCCAGGGGCUCACGAGCAAGGAAAAGACCCUCCUGACCCACGGCGACGCGGUCGUGGAGGUCGCUCCGGACUUCAGGCCGGUCGCCUGGUCGAAGGGGCUGGUGAUUGCGAUCGAGAACCAGGGAAAGAAGAUGUUCGGCACUCAGUUUCAUCCCGAGGUGGACCUGACGGAGAACGGCGUCGCGAUCUUCAAGCACUUCCUGUUUGACAUCGCCAAGAUGUCGCCCGACUACACGCCCGAGAGCAGGCACGAGGCCGCCAUCGCUGAGAUCCGCUCCAUCGUCGGGACGAAGGAGAUCCUGGUGCUGGUGUCUGGCGGGGUUGACUCCUCCGUGUGCGCUGCUCUCUGCCGGGAGGCCGUGGGGCCAGAGAAGGUUCAUGCAGUACACAUUGACCAUGGCUUCAUGCGUAAGAACGAGAGCGAGACUGUUCAAGUAGCCCUCGGAAAGGUCGGGAUCAAUCUCCACAUGGUCCACUGCGCCGAUGACUUUGCCAAGGCGCGGACCAUGGCGAAGGGAGUGGAGGUGGGACCACUGGAGGAGACUGUAGCGCCGGAGCACAAGAGGAUGAUCAUCGGGGACACGUUCAUGCGAGUGACCGAGCAGGCGGUCAGAAAGCUAGGGAUCAACGCGGACAAUGUCUAUCUUGCUCAGGGGACUCUGCGCCCUGACCUGAUCGAGAGCGGCUCUCAUCUUGCGAGCUCCAAGGCCGACGUGAUCAAGACGCAUCACAACGACACGGCCCUGGUCCGCGAGCUCCGCGCCCAGGGCAAGAUCGUCGAGCCCCUCAGAGAUUUCCACAAGGAUGAAGUUCGCGCCCUCGGGACUGAGCUGGGACUCCCCAAGCACCUGGUCUGGCGUCAGCCCUUCCCUGGCCCCGGACUGGCGAUCCGCUGCCUGUGCUCCGACGGCAGCUGCCCGCCGCUGCUGUCCAAGGAGGACAUGCACAAGGUUGAGCAGCUGGCGGCCCAGUACACCAAGGGGAAGCUUUCCGUCUGCCAGCUGCCUGUGCUGACUGUGGGAGUACAAGGAGACUGUCGCUCCUACAAGUCGGCUGUGGCCCUGAGCCUUCCUGGCGAGCCCAAGAGCAGCGACAUUGACUGGGAGCAGCUCUUCCACAUCGCUCGCAACGUGCCCUCCGAGGUGAUGUCCGUCAGCCGGACCUGCUUCAUGUGGGGCCCGCCAUGCACCAACGACAGCGAGGGCCUGCUGGACGUCACGCCCACCUACUGCACUCAGGACGUGAUGGAGCAGCUGCGGGAGGCGGACAGUGUCGUGACGGAGGCCAUGCUGGAGUCUGACCUGGUCCACACCCUCAGCCAGGUCCCUGUCGUCAUCUUCCCCGCUUCCUUCGGGACCAAAGGCAACAGAAGCAUCGCCAUCCGCCCCUUCAUCACCCGCGAUUUCAUGACUGGGAAACCAGCCGUUCCUGGGCAAGAGCUCCCCUUCGAAGUGCUGGACAGCAUCAUCGCCAAGAUCAGGCAGGUGAAGGGCAUCUCGCGCGUCGUCUACGACCUCACGGCAAAACCUCCUGGAACCACCGAGUGGGAGUAG